AUGACCGGCUUGAAUGGAGAUGAUCCUGAUGACUACUAUCUGAACCUUAAUCAAGAUGAAGAGUCUCUACUUAGGUCAAGACACAGUGUCGGCUCAGGAGCACCUCAUAGACAAGGCUCUUUAGUGCGGCCCGAAAGAAGCCGACUGAACAAUCCUGAUAAUCCACAUUUUUAUUAUGCGCAGAAAACGCAGGAGCAGAUGAAUCACCUGGAUGUUUUACCAUCAAGUACCGGUGUAAACCCAAAUGCAACUCGUCGGAGUGGCUCCCUGCGCUCCAAAGGCUCAGUGAGAAGCAAAUUUAGUGGCCGCGAAACGGAUAGCUAUCUUUUACAAGAUAUGAAUACUACUGACAAGAAGGCUUCCGUUAAAAUAAGUGAUGAAGGUGUUGCGGAAGACGAAUUUGAUAAAGAUGGUGAUGUGGACAAUUUCGAAGAAAGCUCCACGCAGCCCAUAAAUAAGUCUAUCAAACCAUUAAGAAAGGAAACGAAUGAUACAUUGUCAUUUUGGCAGAUGUACUGUUAUUUCAUUACGUUUUGGGCACCUGCUCCAAUUCUUGCUUUCUGCGGGAUGCCAAAGAAGGAAAGACAAAUGGCGUGGAGAGAAAAGGUUGCUUUAAUUUCUGUCAUCUUGUACAUUGGUGCGAUUGUGGCUUUCCUGACUUUUGGUUUCACUAAAACCGUUUGUAGUAGUUCGAAACUACGUUUGAAAAACAACGAAGUAUCAACAGAAUUUGUCGUAAUUAACGGUAAGGCUUAUGAAUUGGAUACUUCCUCGCGUUCCGGUAUACAAGACGUUGAAGUAGAUUCAGACACCCUUUAUGGGCCCUGGUCAGAUGCUGGUAAAGAUGCUUCGUUCUUGUUUCAAAAUGUGAAUGGUAACUGUCAUAACCUUAUAACUCCAAAGAGUAAUUCUUCCAUUCCCCAUGACGAUGAUAAUAAUUUAGCAUGGUAUUUUCCUUGUAAGUUAAAGAAUCAAGAUGGCUCUUCGAAGCCAAACUUCACAGUUGAAAAUUACGCAGGAUGGAACUGUCAUACGUCUAAAGAAGAUAGGGACGCAUUUUACGGUUUAAAGUCGAAAGCUGAUGUUUACUUCACUUGGGAUGGUAUAAAGAACUCUUCUAGAAACUUGAUUGUUUAUAAUGGCGACGUUUUGGAUUUAGAUCUUCUUGAUUGGUUGGAAAAGGAUGACGUUGACUAUCCCGUUGUAUUCGAUGACUUGAAGACUUCAAAUUUACAAGGUUAUGAUCUUUCGUUGGUUUUGUCAAAUGGGCAUGAAAGAAAAAUUGCGAGAUGUUUGAGCGAAAUUAUUAAAGUUGGUGAAGUAGACUCCAAAACCGUCGGUUGUAUUGCCUCUGAUGUCGUUUUGUAUGUUUCUCUGGUAUUUAUUCUUUCAGUGGUGAUAAUUAAAUUCAUAAUUGCCUGCUACUUCCGUUGGACUGUAGCUAGGAAACAAGGUGCAUAUAUCGUGGACAAUAAAACAAUGGAUAAACACACAAACGAUAUCGAGGAUUGGUCUAAUAAUAUUCAAACAAAAGCUCCUCUAAAGGAAGUAGAUCCUCAUUUGAGGCCAAAGAAAUACUCAAAAAAGUCGUUGGGACACAAGCGUGCUUCAACCUUUGACUUGCUGAAAAAACACAGCUCCAAAAUGUUUCAAUUUAACGAAUCUGUGAUAGAUCUAGACACCUCCAUGAGCAGUUCACUACAAUCUUCUGGUUCAUACAGAGGAAUGACAACAAUGACCACUCAAAAUGCUUGGAAACUCUCGAAUGAAAACAAAGCUGUACAUUCCCGUAAUCCAUCUACUUUGUUGCCUACAUCCUCGAUGUUUUGGAAUAAAGCGACUUCCUCUCCUGUACCAGGAUCAUCGCUGAUUCAGAGUCUUGAUUCGACGAUUAUACAUCCCGAUAUCGUUCAACAACCACCACUGGAUUUUAUGCCAUACGGGUUCCCAUUGAUUCAUACUAUCUGUUUUGUUACUUGUUAUUCUGAGGAUGAAGAGGGUUUAAGAACCACUUUAGACUCUCUUUCUACCACAGAUUAUCCAAAUUCCCAUAAACUACUGAUGGUUGUUUGUGAUGGUUUAAUUAAGGGCUCGGGCAACGAUAAGACUACUCCAGAGAUAGCGUUAGGAAUGAUGGACGACUUUGUCACCCCACCUGAUGAAGUUAAACCUUACUCCUAUGUGGCAGUGGCAUCAGGCUCUAAAAGACACAAUAUGGCCAAGAUAUAUGCGGGUUUUUACAAAUAUGACGAUUCUACAAUUCCACCAGAAAAUCAACAACGUGUCCCAAUCAUUACAAUUGUGAAGUGCGGUACUCCUGCAGAGCAGGGGGCCGCCAAACCCGGUAACAGAGGUAAGCGUGAUUCUCAAAUUAUUCUGAUGUCCUUUUUAGAAAAAAUAACAUUUGAUGAAAGAAUGACUCAAUUGGAAUUUCAGCUUUUAAAAAAUAUUUGGCAGAUUACGGGGCUAAUGGCAGACUUCUACGAAACGGUACUUAUGGUUGAUGCUGAUACUAAAGUCUUUCCCGAUGCUUUAACUCAUAUGGUCGCUGAAAUGGUUAAAGAUCCUUUGAUUAUGGGUCUUUGUGGUGAGACCAAGAUCGCUAAUAAGGCACAAUCUUGGGUAACUGCAAUUCAAGUGUUUGAGUACUAUAUUUCGCAUCAUCAGGCUAAAGCUUUUGAAUCUGUCUUCGGUUCGGUAACUUGUUUGCCGGGAUGUUUCUCAAUGUAUCGUAUAAAAUCUCCUAAAGGUUCAGAUGGUUAUUGGGUACCUGUAUUGGCAAAUCCAGAUAUUGUUGAAAGAUAUUCGGAUAAUGUUACAAACACUUUGCAUAAGAAGAACUUAUUAUUACUUGGUGAAGAUAGAUUUUUAUCUUCAUUAAUGUUAAAGACUUUCCCUAAGAGAAAGCAAGUAUUUGUUCCAAAAGCUGCUUGUAAAACUAUUGCCCCUGAUAAAUUCAAAGUCUUACUUUCCCAGCGUCGAAGAUGGAUUAAUUCUACGGUACAUAACCUUUUUGAAUUAGUUCUAAUCAGAGACUUAUGUGGCACUUUCUGUUUUUCCAUGCAAUUUGUGAUUGGUAUUGAAUUGAUUGGUACUAUGGUACUGCCGUUAGCCAUUUGCUUUACUAUUUAUGUCAUUAUUUUUGCCAUUGUAUCAAAACCUACACCCGUAAUCACUUUAGUUUUACUGGCAAUUAUUCUUGGUCUGCCCGGCUUAAUUGUUGUUAUAACUGCUACGAGAUGGUCGUACCUAUGGUGGAUGUGCGUAUAUAUUUGUGCUUUGCCUAUUUGGAAUUUCGUACUACCUUCAUAUGCGUACUGGAAAUUUGAUGACUUCUCAUGGGGUGAUACGAGAACUAUUGCGGGAGGUAAUAAAAAGGCACAAGACGAGAAUGAAGGUGAAUUUGAUCACUCAAAGAUUAAAAUGAGGACAUGGAGGGAAUUUGAAAGGGAAGAUAUUCUCAAUCGGAAGGAGGAAAGUGACUCCUUCGUUGCAUAG